AUGGCCAAUAUAUGGGCAUUAUUCGCUCUUGUAUUUUUAGCAUCGUAUACGGCUAACUUAGCGGCUUUUAUGAUUGCUAAAGAGGAUUAUUUUGACUUGAGUGGUAUAAAUGAUUGGCGUUUGCAGCAUCCAUGGAAUGUGAAACCCCCAUUUAGAUUUGCCACUAUACCAAGUGGUGCUACAGAAGAGAACAUUAAAAUCAAUUUUCCUGAAAUGCACAAAUACAUGAGAAAAUACAAUAAAUCCGAUGUUGAAGACGGUCUCAAGGCAAUGAAAUCAGGACAACUGGAUGCUUUUUUAUAUGACGCUAAUGUAUUGGAUUAUUGGGCGAUGAAAGAUGAAGGUUGUAAAUUACGUACAGUUGGAAAUUUAUAUGCAAUGACGGGUUAUGGAAUUGGUUUUGCUAAAAAUAGUCGAUGGUUAACGAAAGUUAAUUCACGCAUUUUGGAUUAUCAAAAAAAUGGAAAAUUGCAACGUUGGAAAAAAUUUUGGCAAACAGGUUCAUGUAAAAAAGAUGCUGCUGUUGGGAAUACAAAUAAGACAUUGGGAGUUAAGAAUUUUAUCACCAAUUGGUUCGGUAGACUUAGUUUGACUGCGAAUCAUACAUGCUACUUGUCUGAACAAAAUAAUCAGAUUAUGAGCGUAAAACUUGCUAAAUAUAAAUGCGAUAAUCCAACUUGUGAUAUAAAAUCAAAAAACUAUGCUAAACAAGUUGAAUUAUUACAAAAUCAACUGGAUGAACUGCAAAAAUCUUUACAAAAACAGAAUUCACCAAUUCAACAAUGCAAUAACUUACACGGGAAUCAUUUUCAGAAUAAAAUAAUAACAUUAGAUUCAUGUGAGUAUCCUAAGAGGAAAAAAAGACCUGUCAAGAAAUCGGGUCAAUCAUCUCAAUCAAAAGUGCCAAAAAGUGAUGAUAAACAUAGAUUAAAAAUGAAAAACCACUCCAUCGCAAAGCCUAUUCUUAAUAACAAUGUUAAUAUUCAUACAAAAUUGAAUACAGGUUAUCUAAAAGCAAUAACAACCACAACAACGACUACUACUAUUACUACUCAAAGAAAGCACAUCGGCCGAUUAUCGGAAAAUGCACAUCAUAAAGUAACUAUUAUACCCGUUGUUGAUCAUUAUUCAAAUUAUAAUGAACAUGAAAAUUAUCAAACAAAAUCACCAAACAAUACAGAAAUACAAUAUGUGAUCCUACCAAAGUUAGAUUCAUCACCGAAUCGACGAAGACGAUUUAUUAAAUCGGAAUCGGUCGGUCCUUAUCAUAAUAUAUCAGAAUGUCAUACAAAUGUAUAUUUUGAUACAGUUGACAAUGUAACAACAUUGAAUAAAACACAAUCAGUUUUACGAGUAAUCAACCCAAAUGAUAAACUUAUUGAUUCCGAAGAAAAUAAUCCGGAUAAUUAUUUCAAUCACAAUCCAAUCGUUAAUGCGAGUCAUUUGGAACAGUAUCCAUCUUUAACAAAUAUUUUAAGUAAAGUAGAUAAAAAUUUGAUAUCAGUGAGCCUAGAUCAACAAGAACAGGAACAAUGUAGUACAAAUUGUCUAGUUGAGAAAGAAUCUGUCUUGUGAAAAUAAAGUUUACUUUAUGAAAAAGCAAGUUCAUUUUUAUACAUCAUUUCAGCCCAGGAUUUCUAGUUUUUUAAGCUUAGAAUCGUGUCUAUUGAUGAGAGUAAAAUUAAAUGAAUGGUUAAUGUUCAAGUGGAUGAUAUUGUGGAUAUUACAUCAAUUUAGACAUAGUUUUCGCCAUAGACUGAUAAAAAUUAAGGUACCGUCAAUAAUCGGAAGGGAAUGAACAACAAUUUUAUCUUAGUUUUGGAUUCUUCUGACGUGCACAUCCACAACCACACUAUUAUAGGUACAAAUCGUGAUAAUUACCAGAUCACAUGUGAGUUUUUAAUGAAAUUUCGUACAGCUGAGCACAUUUAUUCUAUAAAAACGUGUGAAAUAUUACUAUAUAGAGGGUAGUUCGGUGGAUAAAACAGGGUACAAGGUUUGAGUCCUAAUGUGAACAUCAACACUGGAAUGCAGGUGUAUCUAAAUGAGUCCCAAAUAGAACGAAGCGCGCUUUUUAGAUUUCACUGAUAACCACAAAUACAUUUAUUUUACAAUGAAAAACUUGAUAACUUGACGUAUAUUGGAGUCUCCUCGAAUGAAAAAUACUGUUCAAAGACCUCUAUUAAUGAAGAUGUUUGUUACCAAUCAUUUUCCUGUUUCAAAGCCUAACGGAGUGUGUACAGCUGAUAAAG